GAAACAUAAAUUUAAUAAAUAUGAAAUCAUUUAUCCUAAUUCUACUCAUACUGGGUAUUACCUUGGCAGAGGAUCCUUUCGCUGGGGAGGACUACGAUGCCGGUCUCAUAGAAAUUGCUGAGGGUGAUGAACUAUUCUACUGGCUUAUUAGGUCAAGAGGUGACAAAAACAAAGAUCCUCUUGUAAUUUGGCUUAAUGGAGGUCCAGGCUCCGCUUCAGAACUCGGCUUAUUUUAUGAAAAUGGACCAUGGAAAAUCAAUGACGAUCUUACUUUGAGAAGAAAUGACCAUUCUUGGAAUGAACUUGCAAAUGUUUUAUACCUCGACCAACCUAUUGAUGUUGGAUUCAGUAAGACAGAUGACUAUGAUCACAUUCCAAUCAAUGAGGAUGAGAUCGCUGAUGACUUCUACACCUUCAUGACUCUCUUCAUGGAGAAAUUUCCUGAAUACAAAGGAAGAGACUUCUACAUCACUGGAGAAAGUUACGCUGGGCAUUACAUCCCAGCAAUGACAGCCAGAAUAAUUGAGAAGAACAACUCUGACAUUAAUAUAAUCGCUUCAGCUAUCGGGAAUGGAUGGGUGUACCCAAGACUUCAGUAUCAAGAAUAUAGGACUUUUGCUGUAGAAAACGAUUUGGUCAAUGUAUUCCAUAAUUACCUCUUGAAAGCUGGAUUCUGGUUCUGUGAUGUGCUAAUCAGAAACAGCUUCACAUUGGCUGCCUUCAAGCAUUGCGAAUAUGUCACUGACACCGUUGUUGGAAAUCCUCCAUCUUUUAACACCUAUGAUAUUAGAGAUAAAUGCGAGAAUGGGUGCUAUGACUUUAGCAAUAUUGGAAGACUUCUUGAUCUGGAAGAAGUCAGAGAGGCCAUCAACAUGGAUGACAGACAGUAUCAGAGAUCAAGCAGCAGAGUAUUUACCAAGAUGAGAGAAGAUCAAAUCGAUAACUUAUCUCCAAGUGUUAGAUACUCUUUAGAUAAUGGAGUUGGAAUGUUUAUCUACUCUGGAGAUAAGGACUAUAUUUGCAAUUGGAGAGGAGGAGAAGCCUGGACAAACGAGAUCUUCUGGGAUGGCCAACAAAGAUUCAGAUCAGCUCAGUACGAAACUUGGUCAGUUAAUGGUACUGCAGCUGGAGAGUAUAAACAAGUUGGACAAUUUACCUUCUUAAAAUUCUUCGACGCUGGCCACUUAGUGCCCAUGGAUCAACCCAAACACGCAUUAGAGAUGUUCAGAAAGUUCCUAGCUAGGGAGUUUUAA